AUGUCGGAACGAAAGCGGACUGAGCCACAGUUUCGGGGAAGCGGCGCUCGGCGGCGACGAAAAUUACAGGGCCGCCGCAAACUACCACGCUUGGGCCAAUUUCACGCGGGCCCAAACAUCGGCCAGACAUUCCAAUUAGAUUGCGUUGGGGUCGAGCUCGGCCUUCUAUUCGGGGUCAGCAGCCUUGAGGAUCGAAGUGCUCGAAUAGCCAGCGCUAAGAUACUAUCCUCACCCUGUAUACAAGACAUGGCGGCCCGCACCGAAAGCGCCCGUGAAAAGCCCGCGUCCGCCUCGGAACAAACUCGCGUGCACAAUGAACCGGCGAGCGAUGCCGCGCAAAUGGAAUACGACGCCAUUGUCGAUCCACAAAAGAAAGGCAAUCAUUCGACA